CGGCCGGCGAGUUUGCGCUGCUGUUCUCCAUAGCCUGGAGUGGGCUAUACCUGGGCAGCGCCGCCGCCUUCCCGGUGACCAGCGCGCUCUGUCAGUCCCACGGGCUCGGAGGGUGGCCGGUGGUCUUUUAUGUCUGUGCGAUGGCCUCCGCCAUGUGGGCGCUGGUCGCCUGUUUCGUGCUGACCGAGUCGCCAGAGCACCACCGAUUCAUCAGCGAGGCGGAGAAGAAGUGCCUGAUGUCGCAGGCGCACGUGCAGACAUCGGCCAAGGCGCCGACGAAGCCAGUUUCAAUCUGGGUGCUCUUGCGCAAUCUGCAAGUGUGGAUCAUCAUGCUCAGUUACUUCGUUACCAGCUGGUUCUAUGCGACUCUCAGCAUCACGUUGCCAACCUUCAUGAAGGAAGGUUUUGACUUCGACAUAAUGGAGAAUGGUUUCGUGUCGGCCCUACCAAGCCUGUCCAUGGGUCUUCUGAUCAUUGCUGGAGGAAAGGCGUAUGAGUACAUUCACGUCAACAAGGGCGUGAGCACUACGAACUCACGCAAAAUAAUGUCUUCGAUUGGACUGCUCGUGCCGGCUGCCUGCAUGAUCGCCGUCAUUGUGCUGCCAUCCAGCCAGCGGUACCUCAGCGUCGUCCUGAUGUCCCUGGCCCAGGGAUUCUCCAGCAUCGUGAUCUCUGCCGGUCCGGUGUCGGCGGCCGCCGAAAUCGCUCCGCAGUACAUCGGCUUCAUCUGGGGCAUCGCCUCCUCCUUCGGCAACUCCACCGGCUUCCUGGCGCCUCUGAUCGCGGCCGCCAUGACGCCGAAUGGCACUCUGCGGGAGUGGUGCUGGUUCUUCGCCAUCGCCAUCACCCAGAUGGUUCUGCUCAGCGUUCUCAUCGGCCGCCUGUGGAGGUCGGAGGUGCAGCCCUUCGCACAGUUGGAGAACUCACAGGACAUCGCGGAACAGCAUCACUGCGCUGCCAUCACCGUAGCUUUGGAAGAGGUGGCAUAGCCACAUACGGUGUUUAUCUCCUGGAAGCACUCCUGUACUUUUUAUAUAUUGAAUUUUCUCUGAAUAUAUGCGUUCAGUAUUCAU